AAAACAUAUAAGGAUUUGAAUAUGAUCAAAAUAUCAAAUACAUGAUUAAGUUGAAGCUUUUUUUUUUCUAUUUAUUGUAGCCCUAACUUGUGAAUUUUCAUUCUCAGUUCACUUCCUCUUCGUCGGCGGCGAGGGCUUCGUCUUCAUCCACCGCCCGCCACCACAUCAGCACUCACCUACGUCCAAUUCCCACGCUCCGCCGCGAUUCUUCCUGCUGCUGGCAAAAGGGGCAUCAACAAGCACAAGAAAGAGGAAAAUGUUCUUCCAUAUAGUUUUGGAGCGGAACAUGCAGCUGCAUCCCCGUUACUUUGGUCGUAACCUCCGCGACAAUCUUGUUUCCAAGCUCAUGAAAGAUGUUGAAGGCACUUGCAGUGGUCGGCAUGGCUUUGUGGUGGCUGUUACUGGGAUUGAAAACAUAGGCAAGGGUUUGAUUCGGGAUGGGACAGGAUUUGUCACAUUCCCUGUUAAGUACCAAUGUGUUGUUUUUAGGCCAUUUAAAGGGGAGAUCUUAGAAGCAGUUGUUACCAUGGUCAACAAGAUGGGAUUCUUUGCCGAAGCUGGACCCGUGCAGAUUUUUGUUUCAAAUCAUUUGAUUCCUGAUGAUAUGGAGUUCCAGUCUGGGGAUAUGCCAAAUUAUACUACUUCAGAUGGUUCUGUAAAAAUUCAAAAAGAUAGUGAAGUGAGAUUGAAGAUUAUGGGAACUCGGGUGGAUGCUACUGAAAUUUUCUGCAUUGGUACCAUAAAAGAUGAUUUCUUGGGUGUGAUCAAUGAUCCUGCGACAGCUUAAAUGCACCCUUCUGUACCCUUAAUCGUAUAUAGUUUGCAUGGCAAGGAUGAUGCACAUGGAAUCUUUCAAUUAUCUUGGUGUAGCAUUUGCUGAACGCACUAGUUCUCAAUGAAUUACUCGACUACUGUAUCGAAUUUCCUGCUAACUGUUCGGGCUUAGUAAAUUACUAAUUAAAUGUGAGAAUGUAGAGCUAAAUCUUAAAACGUGACAUGAAAACCAACACUUAUUAUUAUAGAAAAUGUUAGCGUGUAGAAGUACUGCAUUUUAUAAUUUUUGAAUGAUUAUAUUGUUGGCACCUUUUCUUUUUUCAGUUUUUUGUAAUUACGGAACUGAAUUCUUGGCCAAAAAAAGAAAGUGAAUUGAUUUAUUUUUCUUAUCCA